AUGGAUCGACAGAAGGCCCUGGUGUCCCGCUGCGGGGAGCUGCUCCACAUCCGCUACCGGCUGCUUCGCCAGGCUCUGGCUGAGUGCCUGGGAACCCUCAUCCUCGUGAUGUUUGGCUGUGGCUCUGUGGCCCAGGUUGUGCUCAGCCGGGGCACCCAUGGUGGUUUCCUUACCAUCAACCUGGCUUUUGGCUUUGCUGUCACCCUGGGUAUCCUGAUUGCCGGCCAGGUCUCCGGGGCCCACCUGAACCCCGCUGUGACCUUUGCCAUGUGUUUCCUGGCGAGAGAGCCCUGGAUCAAGUUGCCUAUCUACACCCUGGCUCAGACACUGGGAGCCUUCCUGGGUGCUGGGAUUGUUUUUGGACUGUACUAUGAUGCAAUCUGGGCCUUUGCCGGCAACGAGCUUCAAGUCUCCGGCCCCAAUGGCACAGCUGGCAUCUUUGCCACCUAUCCCUCUGGACACUUGGACAUGAUCAAUGGCUUCUUCGACCAGUUCAUCGGCACAGCCUCCCUCAUCGUGUGUGUGCUGGCCAUUGUGGACCCCUACAACAACCCCGUCCCUCGUGGCCUGGAGGCCUUCACCGUGGGCCUGGUGGUUCUGGUCAUCGGCACCUCCAUGGGUUUCAACUCCGGCUAUGCGGUCAACCCUGCCCGGGACUUCGGCCCCCGCCUCUUCACCGCCAUUGCUGGCUGGGGCUCAAAAGUGUUCACGACGGGCCGCCACUGGUGGUGGGUGCCCAUUGUCUCCCCGCUCCUGGGCUCCAUUGCGGGAGUCGUUGUGUACCAGGUCAUGAUCGGCUGCCACCUGGAGCAGCCUCCACCUUCCACUGAGCAGGAGAAUGUGAAGCUGGCCCACGUGAAGCACAAGGAGCAGGUCUGA